CGCUCCGGCCCCAGCGCGCACCUCCCUCCCCGCCGGCGGCCACUCCGGCCCCGGCGUCCACCCUCUGCUCCGAUGGCCUCGGGCUCGCGGAGCCCCCCUUCGGUGUCCUCGACCUUUCCUCGGGAGCGCCCGAUUGUCUCUGGGCUGGGGCUCUCGGGGUCGCCUGGCUCGGCGCGCUCCUCGUCGGCGGGUGUCGCUCCGGUGGGUGCUGGGGCAUCGACUCCGGACCUAGCUUGGCGCCAGAAAGGGCCUUCCCGGAAGGCCAUGUGGCGUCGCCGGAAGGCGCUCCGUCGUCAGCAGGAGGCUGGCGGCGGCCGCCGGAGCUCCUCGCCCUCGUCUUCUUCUUUGCGCCGUGAGAUCCCUCAGGAGAUGUAUGGACUCUGCUUUCGCUGUUUCAAGGAGGGGCAUCAGCGGCAAGACUGCACCAACGACCCUGUGUGCAUUCGCUGCGGCCUGUCGGGGCAUGUUUCGUCGCAAUGCAAGAGACCCAGGAGCCCGACCCCGGAGGAUGUGCUCCGUCGCGCUGUGAUUGCCAAGGUGUCCGGGACGGUGCCAGCGCCGCCAGCGGCUGCGCCCAUGGGGAGGACAUUGCAGGAGCCUGGACAGUGUGCGCCGCGUGCGUUAGCUCUGUCAGUUGCGCCCAAUUUCCCUCCCGUGAUGGCCGGCGUGGCCUCCCCGGCCGCGCAGGCUGGCAUCUGUGUUCUGCAGCGCUCACCGGGGAUGGACGAGCUUGAGCGCAGGCUGCAGCUCGCGGUUGUGAUGUACGUUGGCGGAGCUAGGCCACCGGUGUCAUGUGAGGACGCGGCGGUCGCCAUCUCGCGCCAGCUUGACACACCGCGGCACCGUUUCUCCGUGCACAAGUACCACCCCGAGGAUUUUCUGGUUGUGUUUGCGUCGCAUGAGCUCCGGAACAGAGCGCUGGGUGCCCCCGUGAUCGAGCACGACAGAUUCAAGCUCUUCGUCAAGCCCUGGCUUCGUCAAGCUCAAGCGAAAUCCAGGAUCAUGCGGACGCAGGUGGAUAUCAUGAUUGAAGGUGUUCCGUCGCAUGCCUGGUCACGUGGCACGGCGGCCGAACUCCUUGGGGAUUCUUGCUGGAUCGAUAGCCUGGCUCCGGAAAUUGCUAGCCGAGAAGAUCUCUCUCUGUUCAAGCUUCGUGCGUGGUGUGUGGAUCCGGACGAGGUGCCGGUUGCCAAGCGGUUGUGGGUGCCUGAGCCGCCGGAGCAGAGGCCAGACCCCGCGGCGCGCCGUCCAUCCUUCCUGCAAUUGCUGGAGUACCCCACCAUCAUUCACAUCGGGCGGAUGCGGGAUUUCUCCGCGCCGGAUCUUUGGAGAAGGGAUGGGAGCUCGGAUGAUAGCGGACAGAGCGGGCUGCCGGAUGACUCCGACGAUCUGGGCCCCGGUGGUGACGUGCAAGUGCUUCCCUGGACGCGAGGAGUUCUGGAUGACCGUGGUGCUGGUCGGCGUUCGUUCGGUCCGGCGGCAGGAGGCGGCGGUGGCCGUUCCUACCGGCAAGCUCUGGCUGGCCGUGUGGGGCCCUCGGACUGGAGGAUUCCGCCAAUGACGGCAGAGCUGUCCGUUAAAGCUACUGUUGGGGCCCCUCAAGUGCCAGGCUCGGGAAGACCAGGAAUUUCGAAUCCGAGGCAGUGUCCGGUGGUGCCGUUGGCGAAUUCGUUGCCAACGUUUGGCAUCCCAUCGCUGGCGGAUCAGAACAACACAGAAGUGGGAGGUGCUUUUGACUCGGUCAUGUCCGCUGACCCAGGAGUGCAGGUGGUGGAGCCGGCACUUUUGGUAGGCGGGUAGGCCAAUCAUUUGGUGGAGAUUGUGGUGGAGCCUUCAAGAGACCACGAGCUGGUAGUCGCGGAUCCCACGCCGGUCCCUCUGGCCGUCCCAUCGGUAGCUGGGCUGGCAAAGCCAGCUUCGGUGCGGGAGCCGCGGAUCCCAGAUCUGAGGUCAGACAUGACUGAGUCUAUGACUGCCAAGGAGGUGGAGCCAGUGGAGCCUUCUGCUGCACUCAUGGACACGACGGAUCCCAUGCCCCAGGAUGGUAGUGUGGCAGCCACUGUUGUCACUGCAAACCUGGGUUCGGAGGCGCACUUGAUCCGACCAGAACUGCGGCAUGCCUCGCAGCCCGAGACGAACGGCUGGCAGCCUAUGGAGGAGCUCAUCCCACCCAGUUGCCCCGCGGGCCCAGAUAUCAGUGCGUUGGUUGGAGGUGCCAGCGCGGAUGAUCACCAGGACGGGUCGCCCCAGACUGAUAUGGUGGUGGGGCCGCCUAGGGAUCUGGUUGAUGCUGCAUGUGCAUGUGACAUGACUACGUCGCACGACAUGCAAAUCGUGGUCUCGUCGCCGGAAUUGGGCAUCCAAGGGGCGGGAGUUCUGCCGGAAGGAGAUAAGCUCACUGAGAAAGAACAGGUCGCCUUGGGAAACAUCAAAACUUUUUGCACUAGGCUUCUCAAGAAACUUGCCCCUCCGUUGCUAAAGGAGAUCGAAGUUAUGCGUGGCGUCCGCGCUGGCCAGGACCCAUUCACGCCCCGGCGUAACACCAGAUCCGUAUGCUCUUCGGCACGAUCCAAAUCCAAGGCGUCUGCGGCCGAAACGACAGUGCUCAAAACGCUUGGCAUUGCCCAUGAUGAUCUGGCCAUGUCGGAGGGAGCUCUUGGUCAACUUCGUGAUAUGUUUGACUCGCCACUCCAAGAGCCACAACUAAGGGCGAUCGCUGCGAUUUUUGGCAAAGUAGUGCCGUUGAACCUUGAGGGAGAUAUGGAGAAGCUCAUGGUUUCGUCCGCGUAGACGGCAUGGUACCGACAUUGGAGCCUUGCCUCCCCAUGUCGUACUCACCGGUGGAGUUAGUUUGCUGGAAUCUACGUGGCCUUAAUAGUCCAGCUAGGAGGGAUGCGUUGAGGGAGCUAGCGGAUUCUAUGCAUGUUUCGAUCUGGUGCAUCCUAGAGUCUAAACUAGAACAUGUAGACCAAUAUGUGAUUAUGCAAUGUUUAGGACCAUCUUAUGAUGGUUUUGCUUA